GUUUGCCGAUCAUGAUGCUGCCACUGUUGCCAAAAUUACAAACCUGAAAGCCUGAGAGAUUUGACUUGAAUUUAAUUACGGUGUCAGAAAAACGUCAUGAAACUUGUAAAGUGCAUUACAUUAUUUUUUCUGAUUAUUUCGUACAGGUGAGGUAUUUCAGAGAUACAGAUUUGGUUACACUUUUGGGCAGAAAAAGAGGUCUAUUGAGGCCGGUAUAAGGUGGAAGAGAGGGGGGCGGCUGAUGCGCGCGACUCUCGAUCGUGUUAAAUUAAGAAACGUCACAGUCCGCCUCAGUCUCGCUAAGGAAGUGGUAGGUGCGUUAAGGGUCUUUCUCGCAGGCACCUCGGACCCAGCUCGAUUUUCCGGAGAAUCUCACCAAUUGCACUACGUGUGAUGGCUUUUCUUCGCACCGUGAACAGAUGUAGUGUUUACAAGAAAUACGGUUCGCUAUUCGACCAUCUGCAAUCGAGCAGUUUCGGUAAAAUCAAUGUUAAUCAGACUGUUUUAAAAUCUUCGGCGGCCAGCGGGAUUAUUAGUGAAAAUGCAUCGCAAUCUCAGACCGUUCCACAGCAGCAGCAACCACCUAAAGACCCUUUGGACGUCAGUUUCGAAGAUCACAAGGCGGCAUUCAAAAGCAAGACCAACCUGGAGCUCAUCAGAGCAUACGUGGUCUACACGCUAUGUUCGAUUGAGUUUCUCGUCGAUAAUAACAUGAAGUUAAUGAAACUAACCAAAGGCAUAUUGGGCGAGAAACUAUUCAUCCUACUAAUGAAGUCCACUUUCUAUGGCCAUUUUGUGGCCGGCGAGGACCAGUUCAAAAUCAGGCCAGUCCUGGAGAGGCUGAGGUCCUUCGGAGUCAAACCCAUCCUAGAUUACUCCGUAGAAGAGGACUUGUCACAAGAAGAAGCUGAGAAACUAGAAGUAGAGGCGUCCGUACCUGAAGCUGGUGAACCAGAAAUAGAAGGCGCUCUGAAACAGUACCACGUAGAUAAGACGUUCGCCGAUCGUAGGUACAAAGUACAAUCGGCUAGGACCUAUUUCUAUCUAAACGAAGCAACUUGCGAGAGGAACAUGGAAACCUUCAUCAGAUGUCUGGAGGCGAUAGCGGAGAAUCAGGAUAAAUGCUACUUUUCUUUAAUUUCAGGUGCAACUUACGGUACUGGCAUUACAGCCAUCAAGCUAACAGCGUUAGGAAGACCACAGCUAUUACUUCAAUUGUCUGAAGUAAUCAUGAGGGCUCGACAAUACAUGACUGAAAUUGUUGGUGGUGAAGGCAACGUACUGUCUCACCACAUAUCGCCGGAGGAUCUCGAAAAGAAAUUCGACAAGAUUACAGAUAAAGAAUCGUUACGAAAGUUCCUUAAGCAAGUCACAUACGAUAGACAUGGUGUCUUGCAUCUUUUCCCGUGGUCCGGCAUUAUCGACGAAAACCAGGAGUUAAGCACCACCUUUAGAGUGCCAGAUCUGAAAAGCGGUCGUAUGAUCAGGCUUAUCACGCAGCUGUCACCAAAGGAGGAAGAGAUGUUCAGGAACAUGAUAAGAAGAAUGAACACCAUUGUGAAGGCUGCUCAAGAUAUGGACGUCCGUAUCAUGGUCGAUGCCGAACAGACCUAUUUCCAACCGGCCAUAACUCGAAUCACGCUAGAAUUCAUGCGAAAGUACAAUAAGGACAAAGCGAUAGUGUUCAACACGUACCAAUGCUACUUGCGGAACGCGUUGUCGGAGGUCACCACCGAUCUGGAGCAAGCUAAGCGACAGAACUUCUAUUUUGGCGCCAAGUUGGUCCGAGGUGCUUACUUAGAACAGGAGCGAGCAAGAGCCGCCGCAAUGGGUUACCCCGACCCUACAAACCCCAAUUUCGAUGCUACCACCGAAAUGUACCACAACACUCUGAGCGAGUGCCUGCGGCGUAUCAAGGAGUUCAAGAUUAAGGGCGAGGACAAGAAGAUUGCCAUUAUGGUGGCCUCCCACAACGAGGAUACUGUCCGAUUCGCCAUCCAGAAGAUGAAGGAGUUCGGCAUCGAACCCGCCGACAAGGUCAUCUGUUUCGGACAGCUGCUAGCUAUGUGUGAUUACAUCACCUUCCCCUUAGGUCAGUCAGGUUACUCUGCAUACAAAUACAUCCCAUACGGUCCAGUGAACGAAGUCCUGCCGUACCUUUCUAGGAGAGCGCACGAGAACAAAGGUGUCCUCAAGAAGAUCAAGAAAGAGAAGAAACUGUUAGCUAGAGAAAUUUUGAGGCGCGCAGUCACAGGCCAGUGGUGGUAUACACCUAGGGGGAAAUACGUUCCAGUCUAAAGACACAACGAAACAUCCAGGUUUUACUACUUCAUCACUAGGAUAGCUGAGGAAUGUUGUAGCAAAUAUCAGCGAGAUGUAUCAUCCAACGUGUUUUUAUCUUUAUCUCCAACUCAUUGGGAACAGAACUGUAUCUAGCUAUGUUCUAUUCGCAGAACUACAAUGCUAUUAGCAAAUUGUAAAAUUCAUAUAAGAGAAAAAAAGCGCGAUUUUUUUAAAUGCUGUAGAACAAACCGGUCUUGUAAUACACAUUUAUCAGUGCUUUAAAUCUCUAUUGAAUUGUUACUUUUGUUUCAGGAAUGAGCUACACUUUGAAAAUAUACUUGAACUGUCCCGUUUUUAGCUGGCGACUUACGUAUUUGUAGAUGAGUAGUUAUAAAAGACAAGUCGAUCUGUUCUAUUUUUUAAAACUUGAGUCUGCGUGAACGCAGUAUCAUAAGUGAAACUUAAGUCUAAACGUAUUUUCAAAUAAGGAAACAUUAAGGUUACUAUGAUUUUGCGUCAACUACGGCACGAACACUAGAAAGGCUGAUGUACUUGGACAAUAGUAGUUGCAACAGGAUGGCGGAAUGAUUUUGCGCCUUUUUUGUACACAAGAUCGUGCAGUGAUAUGUUCGAGUAAUUCAAAAAAGUAUUAUUAUUUAUUUAUUUAAUCGGUCUCGAAAGCAUAGCACGAUCUUGUUUUCGAAAUGUAUCGAUUAGUUCACGCAGACUAUCAGAACAACAACAACAAAAAUGUUUAGUCAAAAUUCUGUACAGAUAGAUGUGGAUGAAUGUUCUUAUAUACCUGUGUAUUUAUUGACUGGUUUUCAUCAUGCAGGCUGUUUCUUCGAUACUUUUAGUUCACUAUCAUCUCUUACUUUCAUCAGUCACUCUUUUCAAUAUGCAGUAGUAGCAAAAACUUCAAAACAUCAUGUAAGUGCAGGAACACGAUUUCCCCCUUUUUAGCCAUUAUAUGUUAAUCAGAUUAUUUGUUUUUUAUACACCAAAGGUGAGAUUCAUAAAGCUCCGCUACUAAUUUUACCUCAACCAAAGUCAAGAACAUGACCAGGGCUAGCAGUGAAGGACGAAUGUAGAUGCUGCGAAAACAAAAAAAAAGUUCGUCAAUUUUGCCCUAACGAACAAGGUUCAAAAUUGUUUUCAAAUAAAUUUAUCUCAAAAUAGCCUUAGAGCAAAGAUUUUCUUUAUUUUAUUUACUUGGCGACCUUAAUUAUGAUUUUUAACCGAGUUUUAAGCUUUGAAUAUACCUAUUUUUAGGGCUUUCUAGACAUUAAAUGGUCUAUAACUCGAAAAUAGUCAGCUUUACAGAAAAGUUAAUGGAAUCUUUUUUUUUUUAAAUGAUCCAAGAAACCUGAAAAAGGUCCGAGCAAAAAAAUUUAAUUUAUUUAAUAAAUUGUUUAAACGAAUUUGAUCCGGGUUACCGUUGCAAGUAUGUUCAGUGCUUAAAAACUCGGUUAAAAAUUAUAAUUUUUGAGCUCGUCAAAUAUCUAAAUUAAAGCUAAAAAGUUUUCAACCUUAUUUUUCAGACCACAAUUAGUGAAUGUUUGGCUUUCGCAGACGAUAUUUUGGCAUGAGUGGGACUAAAUCAUGGGAGUCAUUAAUUUCCACAAACAUUCGAGUUACACCAUAUUAAAAACAAAUUCCUAAAUAUUUUCUCGUUAUUUUAUAUGUGUAUUUUUAUAUAAAAAGGAAAGUCCAUAAAAAGUCCACAUCAAAUUACACUUAUUUGUAGGAUUACCUUCGUCACAACGAGAAAAUGUAUAUGAAUCUGCCAAACUGUUCUUGGAUGUUACCCAAUAAGAAUUGAGGGAAUGAUGUGAAUAAUUGAUUGAAUUUAUAAGCUGUAAAAGAGCUUUAUGAAGUCGAUCCUAUAUGGAGAAAAAUGGUAAUAGCUAUAUCCAGACUGGCUGUCAAAUAAACAAGCAGAAUUUUCUAACUUACUGACAUUUGAAACAUUUGUUCAUUUUUAGAAUAUGUUUCAACAUAAUAUUGGGUCUGCCAACGGCACGUUGUCUGUUGAAAUGCCGGCUGUUUGUAGUUUUUCUCCAUGUGACGUGUCUUAAUGAUAUUGGGAAUGAUAUUUGUUCGACAUUUUAAUACGCCUAUAGAUAUUUUAAGUGAAAACACUUCAAUAGCCUGUGAUUUUCCAUGUAAAAAGUGUUAAAAUGUUUCAGUUUUUUUAAAUUGUUCCGGUGUGUAUGGAAAUAAAUUUAACAGAAAUUAGCAUUUUUGUUUUUAUUCAUGUGUGUAAUAUCAGUGUUAAACAUGUCAAAAUUAACGUGGUUUCGGAUGAUCAACAUGGAUAUAGUCACUCAUGUUAAUUUUGGCCAUGUUUCUAAAAUAAAUAUGACAAUAAGUACAAAUCUAAUAAAAUGUUAUGAGUGUCCAAUUUUUCUUUCAACCUCCUAUAUAAUUAUGACCGAUCUUGAAAGAAAGUACAUUUUAAAAAUUCGUUUUUAAUCUAGAAAUUUUAUGAACUAGUCAUAUUUUCAAAUCAAUGAAGUAUAUAUUGUUAAUGAGACUUUAGUCAAAGACAGCGAUGUCCGCUAGGAGCGCUAGUGUGGGUGGAGGGGUCAAAUGUAGAUGGUGAAAAAGACAAAUUUGAUAGAAGGAAGGCAGACUUGAUAGAGAGGUGAUGGGACAAAUAGUUUUGAUAGAAAGGUAUUCUAUUUUUCACGUUUUGAGGUCUUAUUGACGUGAACAACUUAUCAUAAAUCGAUAUGUUUGUCUGUUUAUAUCCUUAGUUACGACCCCCCCCCCUACCUACAUCUAUUUCUAGCUUUACAGAUUUACCACCAUUUCAGUAGCAUUUAAAAGCUUUUGCCAUCAAAAAACUAAUACUGCCAAUUCCGCAAUUGACUAUCGAAGCACGUGGAUGCAGCUUGCGCGAAUUCAGGGAACUACAAUACUUGAAGUCUUUUUGACGCACCACGUGGGCUUAAAAAAGGGUGAAUUUUAAAAAUACGUUCGUACAGUCUGUGAAAAUCAAAAUUUUAGCCUGAAAAACAAGGCCGAAAUCGCUUUAAAACAAACUAACCUCAAAAUACUCUUCAAGGUCUAGUAGAGUAAGAUUUGUACUUCAGUUUGGAUACCUAUAAAGUAUGAAGCAGAAUUUUUAAGCAUUAAAUAUACA